CUCGAAAAUCUUAAGAGCACGGGAGUCGGAAAUGUCAAGACGUUGUGUACGGGGAUAUCGGUGCGCCGUGUCAUGUGCUAUGAUUUUUCCAAUCCAAAAAUAAGGGCUUUGGCUUUACACAGAGGGUUUUAGUCUCUUUAAAGCACCUGAGUCAGUGUAAGACAACCUGCGGUGAACUUCUGGAUGAUUUCUGGAAAAUUCUUCUCUCAGCAUGCUGUUUAUGAUGAUGAUGAUGCUGAUGAUGAUGAUGGCGAUGACUUUAUCAUAAAGUAUAAGUCACAGCAGACGAACGGAAAGUCAUUGUUGCCAGGUCUCGCACUAUUGGGCCAGUGUUUUUGUUGUUGUUGUUGUUGUUGUUUUUUGUCUGCGUACUGAAGUUUUAACAUUUUAUUAUGUAACAUAUUUUGCAUUCGGGUUAAAAUUCUUAGCCUCGCACAGUGAAUUGAUCCACGGAUAUGUGGCUACUAUUCAACUAAUUUGAAGAGCAAGAGGGUGAGUGCCAAUAAAUUAUUUGCACGUGAAGUAAAAAUAGUUGUCAUUUUUAAUAAUUUACUACAAGAUGUACAUUUUACUGAGCUAGUUAUUCUUAUGUAUAUGAUAAUCUUAUAGCUCGAACUCUUUAUUCAUUAAUCUCAGAGGGAAGUUCACAACUUGUGACUGUUAGUAUUCAGAUUCAGGUAGUAUAUUGCGAAGACCUGGCAACCCUGGCUGAAAUGUACCACGUCGUACGUAUGGUUUUCACGAUUUUUUACGGCAAAUUAUAACGAGAAGGAUAGAAAAACCCGAGAUUGAUCGCGUGCUACUUUGUGCUGCGUUCUUUUCACCACAGCGCUGUUGAAUCCUGGAUGGUGAUUGGUCAGAAGGUGUCGCUUUCAUUCAUUUUCUAACAGUAGUGCAGCUGCAAGUCGCAGGUUUAUACGGUUUUAACGCGAUAUCGUUUCCAUAGUGAUGGCUCCUUCAUUUUUAUGACUUUAACGGUGGACGCUUCAUAUAAGCAGAUUAAAAAGACGUGGAAUCGUCGAGAAGGUGAAGUUUAUUAUAGAGGAAAACACUUGGGGACGUGCCGUUCUAGAAAAAUAACCAACUUCUGGGUGGAUGAAGCUGAAAAACCCUUGAGUGACUUUCCGUCCCGGAUCCAUGCUGGCUCGUACAAACAUGUCGACUCCGGAAGCCACUCGACCUCCCCCAAAACCCGAGCUUAAACAGAAACCCCGAAUCCCCUCAAAACCUGACGCAAACACCUCAGCUGGCACGCACAGGGACACGUUAAAUAAAAACAAUGGGAAAGUCCAUGAGAUAGUCAGCAAGUUUAACCACCACGAUGCUCAGCCUCCUGCUGCAGGUCCUGCUGUUGAAACCGGAGCUAAAAAGAAACUGAAACGAGCACCGACGGUCAAACCCAAGCCUAAAGCAAGGAGUAUUCCUCAGCUCAGGGCUGAGCAAGCGCCGCCGCUGCCCUUGAAACAACGCCAGUCGCAGAGGAAGGAUGCGGAGCAGAACUCAUGCACUGUCUCACGUGACGUCACGGAUGGCCGGCAAUCAGCUCCUGAUGGUAAAGAGUUCGAGCAGCAGAGCGCAAGGUCGAGCUCAGAUCUUGAACCUCGAUGUGAGAAGAGCUGCACUUGCGCGUGUCACCUGCAGCGUCCCGGCAUGAAACUGGUGUGGGUGCGGAUAUCCGAGAAGGAGCAAGAGGAAGAGGAGCUCAAGCAGAACGACGAAGAUGUAUUCAAUGAGUUAGAAAGCGAGAGCGACGAUGACGACGACGACGACGACGAAGAAGAAGAAUUAGACAUGUUUCAGAGCGCGUCUUCAGAAUCCGAUCACAGCCUGAACGAAUCCCAGGACGCGAAUAAAACCAGGUUCAAGGCCACUCUGAGUAUCAUCGAGCGACAGCUGAGGAGGAAAUCCGACCCCGGUCCCAAGGCUGUGCUUCAGUCCAUCAACUCUUUGCCCCAGCAUCCACAACUCCUCACCAAGACCCACUCCGCGUCGGAGCAGGAGAAUAUCUACGAAGCCACGAUCGAUUUGAUCGCUCCUCCCAGAGAGACAAUCAAGAACACUUCUACCACGCCUGAAAUCCAUAUCCAAGACAAAUCUCCUCCUGCCAUUCCACCCCGGAUGCCUCUGGAUAAAACCAAAGGCAGAUGUGUUCCCAGAAGGGUUCCACUAUCUUCAUCUUCAGGAGCAUUCCAAAUCCCAAAGCUGCCUUCUGUUGAUCUGGGUUCCAGUGAACGCCUGCAUCCAGUCAGAGCACCGCCACUUCCUCCGACCAGAUGCCUGAGCAACCUCUCUCUGACAUGUAAAGGUGAAGACGAUCAAAGCUGUAGUGGAGACGCUGAAAACAAGGAGCAAAGACGAUCUACCGGCCUCGCUCGACAGAAGUCGGUCGAUAUGGAGGCUCAUAUGCCGGAAGAGCUUCUGUACCAGAUUUACACUGAAACCUUCAUAUCGAGGGAGAUCCGUCGGCAGACGGUGUGUCGCAGCAUCAGUAAGACGAGCGCCGAUUACCCGAUGGAUCACGGACCCCCGCGGCUCAGCACCGGCUCGGGUGCGGGCUCCGAAGGUCUGCGAAGCAGUCCGAUUUCCACCCAGCGGACGCUGUGGCAGGACCAGCCUAUGGUCCUGGAGAGCGGUAUCCUGGACACCAUCACACCAGAGGAGUGCAAGUACCAGGAGAGCAUGUUCGAGGUUUUGACAUCAGAAGUGUCGUACUUGCGUUCCCUGCGCGUCCUGACCGACCAUUUUAUGGAGUCGCGAGAACUCAGCGAGAAUCUUAUUAACCGAGACAAAAAGACACUCUUCUCCAACAUCCUGCGCAUCCGAGAAGUCAGCGAGAAGUUCCUUAAGGACCUGGAGAACCGGCUGGAUGAAAGCUUACUCCUCACCGACAUCUGUGAUAUCAUUAAUUACCACGCACAGCACAACUUCCCCGCGUACAUCGACUACAUUCGGAACCAGAUUUACCAGGAGAAGACCUUCAGCUCGCUUAUGCAGAGUAACGUGGGCUUUGCGACGGUCAUUGCUCAUCUGCAGGAGGCCCCCAUAUGCCAGCGGCUGCCCUUUACGUCCUUCCUGCUCCUGCCCUUCCAGCGCAUCACACGCAUCAAGAUUCUUACUGAGAACAUCCUGAAGAGAACCGCAGUGGGCACCAAACAGGAAGAGAUGGCUUCGAAAGCUCUGGCUGCUGUGUCCAAGAUUAUAGAUGAAUGUAAUACCCAGGUUGGGAAGAUGAAACAGAUGGAGGAGCUCAUAGAGAUCAACAAGACGCUGGAGUUUGACAAGCUGAAGGCCGUGCCCAUCAUCUCGCAGACCCGUUUCCUGGAGAAGCGAGGAGAGCUGCACGAGAUGGCCAAAGGUGCAACCCUGUUUAAUAUUAAACCCAAGUUCACGCCCGUCUACCUCUUCCUCUUCAACGACCUGCUCGUCGUAGCCACCAAGAAAGGCUCGGAGCGCUACGUGGUGAUUGACCACGCCCACCGCUCUCUGGUGCAGGUUCACGCCAUGGGAGAGCAGGCCAUGAAUGUGAAUCUUGAGAACUGCUUCUGCCUCACGCUGCUGGAGAACCAUCAGGGACGCAUGACGGAGAGGCUCUUUAAAGCGCCGUCCGAGUCUGAUAUGCACAGAUGGCUGGCGGCGUUCCCCAACCCUGAGGAUCCAAACCGAGAGCAGGAGGAGGUCAUAUAUGAAGACUGGGACUGUCCACAGGUGCAGUGUGUAGAGCAGUACGUAGCGACGCAGGCUGACGAGUUAAAUCUGGACCCCCCGGAAAUCAUCAACGUCAUCCGCAAAACCAACGAAGGAUGGUACGAGGGGAUUCGUCUGUCCGACGGUCAGAAAGGCUGGUUCCCCGUGAACAACGUUCUGGAAAUCACCAGCGAGCACAUGCGACGGAGAAACCUGCGAGAACGUUACCGCGUCAUCCAGGCGGCCGGCGCCAUGACCGAGAAGACACGGUCCGGCUCGUGAUCGCACAAUACACACGCUGACGUCUUGUUUUUUUUACUUAACGUGACGAGAAGAAGAGAUGUGAGCCUUGGUCACAUGAUCAGUUAUGAUUCGUUUUACGCAACCUGCUGCAGUACAGAGAUCAUCACACUGCCGACUACACUUCCUGUCUUAUUAAAACGUGUUCCUUUUACACGGUGUGCGUGCGUGCGUGCGUGCGUGCGUGUGUGUGUGUGGGCGUGUGUGUAUGUACUUAUACAUGUGUCAGUUUAAAUGCCAUUAAUUCCAGUCAGUAAGUUCUUACACAGGAACAGAGUAUGAGGAAAGCCGGGUUUCAGGUGAAUUCCUUUCAGACCUGCUUAGUGACUCGUUCACGUCUGCCUCGUUUCCCAUAAUGCCCUGCUGAGUGAAACUGGAUCUGAAAACACUCAAAAAGAUGUUUGUGGUUAAAGUUUCACAGUGUCACCAUGUCAAGUCCUCAUUGAUUUUGACCUGCAUCAAUUAAAAUCGAAAUGGAAAGCUCAAAAACAAACAAAAAAAUCCAGUCUGUUUAUGUUGUGUGUUCAUGUGUAAAGUGUAACAUGCAUUACUCUUUUUACUUUUUCUGCUUUAUGUACA